UGCCCAUCCUUAUCUGAGAAAUCUGCGCUCACGCUCUAUUGAGGAGCAUGUUCUCUAAAUAUGGGCAGUCACAUGGUGGUGUGUGCUCACCCCCCUGGAGGCAGGCAGGAAGGCUAGGGCUCCCACCAGCCCUCUGUUCACUCUGCAGUGAGAGUGCAGCCCUUUGUCUCAGCUCCCAUCGGGGCCCCUCCCAGCCAGGGUUAUAAAGCCAGAUACUCAGGGCCUGUGCACCUGUGGCUCUGUCCUGCCUUCUGCUCCCUGGUCGUGGGUGCAAGAGGAGUCUCAGCAUCCCAUCUCUACUGGUGGUGCUGGUGCUGUUGCCAGUGAUGCUGGUGCAGUUCCUCUGCAUCGGGCUGGGCAUCUGGCAAGAAAGCACUCCUGAAAAGCAAAAGAAGAAACCUUGGGGACCGGUUUCAGUACAUUUCCAGAAUCUAAGAGUCUACGUCUAUCAGAUUUUUAUGGCCAAUGGAGUUUGCCAGGCUGAGCCAAGUGCCACCCAGACUGCAGGGAGCCUGCAGAACUCUCUGACAGCCGCUGAAGAUAACAAGCUCCCGUAUGGAGACCGGGACACUGGGCGUCUCUCCCUGCCUUUCUGCAAACCAAGGGUGCAAAUUGGUUUGGAUACCACGGUGACACUAGAAACAACCGUAGAGAUUGGCCAUUCUUUGAACUGGUGAGUUAUUCACUUAGUCCUUUCUGUGCUCCUGUAGCCUCAAAGGACGGGGCCAUCCUGCCCCAGCACCGUUCAAGGCCUGAAGCCUGCCCUGCUCAGCUGUGGCUCUUGACAUGUCCACAGCUUGACCCAGCAGAUCAAGGCUUUCUGCUUCCCGCCACCCUUGGUGCUCUUUC